GCGCGGGGGUCGGAGCCGCGGCACCGCAGGCCUGGGCCGCCGCUCGCGCGCCACCCCGCUCUCGUCCUCGGGGCUCUGGGUCCGCUCGCUCUUCACCUCUGCCCAGCUCUGGAGUUUGGGAAGGCCAAAGCUGAAGAACCUGCCCUUGGCAAGGUCCUUCCUACUGCGUCAUGCCACAGUGGAAGGAUUAAUUCUGGCAACUGUGUGGAGAAAAGACUGAAAGAGAACAAGGGCAGAAGCAGGGAGCCACCCAGGAGGCUGUUGCUGUAAUCCAGAUGAGAGAGAGGAAUUUAACAAGAAACCGAAGUUUUGGUUCAAAUAUAUUUUGAAUUGAAGCCAGAAAUGUGCUAGGCUUUAGAUUCUUUCAUUUGAUUAAGGUAUGGUCUGAAUAUGCGUUGCUUGGCAGCCCGGGUCAACUAUAAGACUUUGAUUGUCAUCUGUGCAUUCUUCACUUUGGUCACAGUACUUUUGUGGAAUAAGUGUUCCAGUGAUAAAGCGAUCCAGUUCCCACGACAUUUGAAUAGUGGCUUCCGAGUGGACGGAUUAGAUAAAAGAGCAGCAGCAUCCGAGAGUAACCACUACGUGAACCAUGGGCCCAGACAGCAGUCUGAGGAGGCCUUUCCCCAGGAGCAGCAGAAAGCGCCCCCUGUCGUCGGGGGUUUCAAUAGCAAUAGGGGAAGUAAAGUGUUAGGGCUCAAAUACGAGGAAAUUGACUGUCUCAUAAAUGAUGAACACACAAUUAAAGGGAGACGAGAGGGAAAUGAAGUCUUUCUUCCAUUCACAUGGGUAGAGAAAUACUUUGACGUUUAUGGAAAGGUGGCUCAGUAUGAUGGCUAUGAGCGGUUUGAAUUCUCUCACAGCUAUUCCAAAGUCUAUGCACAGAGAGCCCCCUAUCACCCCGAUGGUGUGUUCAUGUCUUUUGAAGGCUACAACGUGGAAGUCCGAGACAGAGUCAAGUGCAUAAGUGGGGUUGAAGGUGUGCCAUUAUCUACACAAUGGGGACCUCAAGGCUAUUUCUACCCAAUCCAGAUUGCACAGUAUGGGUUAAGUCAUUACAGCAAAAAUCUGACUGAGAAACCCCCUCAUAUCGAGGUGUAUGAAACAGCAGAAGACAGGGACAAAAACAGCAAAACUAAUGACUGGACUGUGCCCAAGGGCUGUUUUAUGGCCAGUGUGGCUGAUAAGUCUAGAUUCACCAAUGUUAAGCAGUUCAUUGCCCCAGAAACCAGCGAGGGUGUAUCCUUGCAACUGGGAAACACGAAAGAUUUUAUUAUUUCCUUUGACCUCAAGUUCCUGACAAAUGGGAGUGUGUCCCUGGUUCUGGAGACCACAGAAAGGAAUCAGCUCUUCACUGUACAUUAUGUCUCAAACACGCAGCUGAUUGCUUUUAAAGAAAGAGAUGUGUACUAUGGCAUUGGGCCCAGAACUUCGUGGAGCACGGUGACUAGGGAUCUGGUCACUGACCUCAGGAAAGGAGUGGGUCUCUCCAACACAAAAGCUGUCAAGCCUACCAAAAUAAUGCCCAAAAAGGUGGUAAGGUUGAUUGCAAAGGGGAAGGGAUUCCUGGACAACAUCACCAUCUCUACCACAGCCCACAUGGCCGCAUUCUUCGCUGCUAGUGAUUGGCUGGUGAGGAACCAGGAUGAGAAGGGGGGCUGGCCCAUUAUGGUGACCCGAAAGUUAGGGGAAGGCUUUAAGUCCUUAGAGCCAGGGUGGUACUCUGCAAUGGCCCAAGGGCAAGCCAUGUCCACACUGGUAAGGGCCUAUCUGUUAACAAAAGACCACACAUUCCUCAAUUCAGCUUUACGGGCAACAGCCCCUUACAAGCUCCUAUCCGAGCAGCAUGGAGUCAAAGCUGUGUUUAUGAAUAAACACGACUGGUAUGAAGAAUAUCCAACCACUCCCAGCUCUUUCGUUUUAAAUGGCUUUAUGUAUUCCUUAAUUGGACUGUAUGACUUAAAAGAAACUGCAGGGGAAAAGCUUGGCAAAGAAGCGAGGUCCUUGUAUGAGCGUGGCAUGGAGUCCCUCAAAGCCAUGCUUCCUUUGUACGACACUGGCUCAGGAACCAUCUACGACCUCCGACACUUCAUGCUGGGCAUCGCACCCAACCUGGCUCGCUGGGACUACCACACCACACACAUCAACCAGCUGCAGCUGCUCAGUACCAUCGAUGAGUCCCCCAUCUUCAAAGAAUUUGUCAAGAGGUGGAAGAGCUACCUUAAAGGCAGCAGGGCAAAGCACAACUAGAGCUCACAACCAAAACCACAUUCAGCCUCCUCUGAGUGGAAACUGCGGGCUCUAUCUCAGCGGAGCACAGGCACAUUUUAAAAGGUUGUGUGCUAGGUUUUAUGAAUGAUAGCAGAGUGAUAAGUGACCCUUAAAGACACUCUUCUGAAAUACUUGCAUUCUGUGGCUGGAUGUUUAAGAGUGCAGGUGGCAUUUAGAACAGAGUGUUUAGUCUGGUCUUCACCUUCUCCUCCCCUUCUCGGUCCUACCCGCUGUCCAGUCACUACUCUGAGAUCAGAUUGGGGGUAGGGGUGGGGGGCAAGUAGCUCUCCUUGGCCGGCACUUACCUGAAAACCUAGUAUGGAGCUCUUUUAAAAUGUGACUAUUUAUGUUUAUGUUGAAAGCAGACUUCAAAACAAUGAUGUGCUGUAAUACAGUAAAUACGUACUUGUAGCCUGGAUAGAGGACUGUGUAGAACUAUGGAAAAACAUAUUUCUUUCCUGUAGACUUGUUUCUUGGGAGCAAAUGAGUAUUUGUUCAAUUUGUUAUAUACAGAGAAUAUUUUGAAUUGUGAUUGUUGGGUUUUUUGUUUUUUUUUUUAAAUGUGUAAAUUAAAAACACAGUGUUCAGGCUUCACAGUUCUAUAAACGUAAGCACAACUUAAAAUGAAACUUGUUGACUGCACAAGAAAUUACAAAAAUGUUAUCUGUUUUGUGAAACUUGAUCUAUAAUCAGUAAAAGUUUGAUAAUCAGUCUGUCCCCAAAGUGAUGAUUUUCACUAUUGAGGAUUUUGUAUUUAAUUUCAGACUAUGCGUUGAGAGUUUUAUCCACUUUAGGGGAUAAAACCCCAACGUUUGGGGGGUUGUUACGUGGAUUGUUUAUUACCCUCCUGAUUUUGGGAAGGAGCUACGAAUUUUAAGGCCACCCUGACAGGACUUUCCCCCUUUGAGGAAAAAUAGUGGGUUAAAUAUCACAUACAUGAGUCAUAGGUUUUUCCUGCCUAGCUUAUUCUUGACUAUCACUUUCCACAUCACUGGUUCUGUUGUUUUUCUUUGAAAUUUAAUUUUAAUUUAUUCCAGCUGUUAAAUAAGAAAUGCUACUUAAUUUGCUGUCCAUUUAUAAUCAGAUCUUUGUUGAGGCUAUGGAUCCUACUGAACCUCACGUGAGUAGGUUUCCUAACCCUUACACCAUGGGCAGUGUCUGCUAUCGGGCCUCAGCCAUUAAGUUCAAACCAGCAGGGGCUGAAUUUGCUCUGGUUUUUGUUUUAGGGUCUAAUAGAAACCUGAACUGAUCCUGUCACAUACAGUUUGGAAAUAUGAGACCCCACAUUUUCAAGGGACUGAAACAACAGUGUGACCUCUCUCAGAUGUACCUGUAAGGGCCAGGAGAGUUACCUGCUACACACUGUAUCAUGACUGAAUUCAGCCUGCCAAGCACUACUUAGAAACUAGAAAAUACAUACAUAGAGACGUAUGUGGUAUAUAUGUUAAACAUAUUUAUUAGCAUCCAGAGGGGCAGGAGUGAAGAAGAAACAGCCCUACACUGAAGACAGUACUAAGCUGGCCAUAGAAAAAUAAGCUUAAACUCCCAGUUUAUGUGAUGACUCUUAAUUCUGCCUGUAACACAAGCAGCUGUGGGUUGUUAGGUUUCCCCUAGCCAUUGAGCUUUGUAGUUCUUACACAGUAGAUGUCUCAGCAUUUGAAUGUCCACGUUUUAUUGUCUCAACUAUAAAAAUGAGGACUCCCUCACUUUUCAAUAUUGAUAUUAAAAGUAAACUCUCCAAUCCUGGAACCUUUUAGAUUUCAUGUAUGUCACUGCUUAGAACAGUGCAGACUUCUGCUUUGUGUUUGUGCGCUGGUCUUCAGAUGAGGGGAAUCAGUAGGGACAGCGUGGUCCUGCUCCUGGGACAGGUUCCAGUGCCUUAACAGUACGGCUGUCCUUUUCCACCAAAUAGGGAAAGGCUUUAGACCCAGAAACGGCGCAUUGCUGAUGGAUUUACACUGCCUUCCACAUGGCAACAGCAGCUCAGUUUGUCUUUUGAUCUGGAAUUUUCAGAGAGGAUGAGUUGAACCCAUCGCGACAUUAUCAGUACGGAGCAGGGCUUGUCAAGCUGCAGGACACCUCAGAGUUCCCUGUGAACUUGUCAGAUGCAGCUCCCAACCCCCAGUGAGUCUGCCUGUUUCUUCUUUAAUUAUUCUGGCCUUACUUGAGCCCAGCAAGCAGGAGAACCUGUUAUACCAGCAUGCAGGAGACUGCCAUGGGCGGGCUGAACCCUGCCUGGGAUCAUGCCCCGCAUGGUGGCCUCGAGACACGGAGAGCCUUUCCUGGGGUUCCAAAUCCUGUAAAAUGUUUACUUAUUCUGCGUUUAGAGAAUAAGGAGGGUAUUUUAAAGUUGUGUUUCUUUCAAUGUUUCUUUAAGAUUAUAGGUAUUGAGGGGUUUUUUGCUUGAGUUAGCUUUAAUAUUAAAUCUGUAGCCACUUCAGUUGCAAAACCAGCCAAAAGUUUCCAGAAGGUCAGGUUGACCCUUCAGGCGUCACUGUACAUAAAGGCUUCAUUGAGAGCCCCCCAGUGUACGGGAGCACCUGCAGGACUGACCCAAGCACAACACUCCAGAUGCAGUGGUCCCUUUCUUUGUUGUAUGCACACUUUCACUGAAAGCUGCUAUUUCCAUCCUCCUCUAGCUGUUUUUCUUGUUCCUCCUCCAUUGUACAUGUGGGUUCUACACCAUGUGUUAAAUAUGCAAUAAAGUGUUUACCGGAUGCCCUUCUGAAGGGUAGUCCUUUGUAAAGCUGUACAGACUUUGCAGUUUAAGCACAAUGUGCACAUGUUAGUUUUCUAUACAGCAAAACUUGAUUUUUGCAGAUGGAAAGGUAUUUUGUUUCUAUACAAAGUAAAUGGAUUGUUUGUGCUUAAUGUAAAGCUGCUUUAUAAAAUUGUACAAUAAAGUUUUUAUCUGAAGAGGAA